ACUCAGCUACGGGUGAGUCUUGUGGAGUUUUUCGUUGGAGCUGCUGGUUGCAUCAAAGCUUGUUCCUGAGACCUGUGGCUGCAUAUCACUACCGAGGCCACACAACGCCUCUUCCCUGCAGAGGACCCCGGGUUAUGGCCAUCUAAAAUCUCACGGCACAGCAACAGAACAACCACCUGAGUUGAAACCAGACCAUCAACAUGGGAAAACAGAACAGCAAACUCCGUCCCGAGGUGAUUCAGGAGCUGCUGGAUAACACAGACUUCACCGAGCAUGAGAUCCAGGAGUGGUACAAGGGCUUCCUGCGGGACUGCCCCAGCGGUGCGCUCAGCAUGGACGAAUUUAAGAAGAUCUACGGCAACUUUUUCCCCUACGGAGACGCGUCAAAGUUUGCGGAGCACGUCUUCAGAACCUUCGACGCCAACGGAGACGGAACAAUAGAUUUCAGAGAGUUUAUCAUUGCCCUGAGCGUCACGUCACGCGGCCGUUUGGAUCAGAAGCUAAAGUGGGCCUUCAGUAUGUACGAUUUGGAUGGCAAUGGAUACAUAAGCAAGGCGGAAAUGCUCGAAAUUGUACAGGCCAUCUAUAAGAUGGUAUCUGCAGUGAUGAAGAUGCCAGAGGACGAGUCCACGCCUGAGAAACGCACAGAGAAGAUCUUCCGCCAGAUGGACACAAAUCGUGAUGGUAAGCUAUCACUCGAAGAGUUUGUAGAGGGAGCAAAGAACGACCCAUCCAUCGUGCGACUGUUGCAGUGCGAUCCCAGCAGUGCCGGCCAGUGAAUCAACAGCGUCUCGCUACUUUCAUGACCUCUCUCACACAAGUCUUUUUGUUCGGUCAGAGCCUGGACUCCAAAACUACACCCCUAUCUGAGUGUCUGUGGGUUUACCACUGAACACCAGGCAUGGAAACAUGCAACUAUAUUUUCCCCACAGACACACGGCAGAUAACGUUCAGAAACUCAAAUACAGAGGCCAAACACACUAAGAAGCUGGUGUACAUGUGUCUCUCUGUGAAUUCCUCACAUUUUUAGGCAGUGAUGAAAGUGACAUCGCAUCCUGUUGUAAAAUUUUGGUACUGAAAUAAACCCCCUCAAAAAGAGCUUUCCUAGAGGGAGCUGAAGCAAAAUUUUCUAAAAUCCCAGAUUGCAUAUGCUUUCUAAACACCAAACUAUAGUUUUUUUUAAUAAUUGUUUUUAAGAAUUUUCUAAAUUAAAUCAUUUCACUCAUACAAUAACUAUUGUCAUUCCUAGCUAGUGUUCCUAGUACUUCAAUUCCAUUCAGCACAUAUGGACUGUACAUCUAUUUAAGAGAGGCGCUUGGGCGAGUUUUUUUACUUGAAGUUUUUUUUCUUUUUCUAACAUUAUGAUGACAGAGCCUGCGAUAGAAAAUCUUAAAGGGAUGGUUGGGAUCAAAUUUGGUCAUGAUGGUGCUCCUCUUAUGAGCACAAGUAUAAUGUUUAUAAAAUAUUAUACUUAAAAUAUUUUUUAAAUAUUAAUACUUGAUGCAUAGGACUGACAAAUCAAUAAAUGUCAUUUUAUAAAGUAAUAUUUUCAUAGGGAUGACAAUAAUAUUGACUUUUGCUGCUUCAAAAGAGGAAACAUGAAAAAGUAUUAGACAAAGAAAUUGUAGAUAUACAGUAAUUAUGGUGUAACUUGGUGGGUGAUGAAAAUGUAUCACACCACAGAAGAUGCUUUUCAUUAUGAAACUGCUAUUAUUGAAAUAUGACAUUUUCUUCUGUUUCAAAUAAUAUUUGCACAGUUAAGCCAUGUAUGACUGUGACAAUGAGCAGACAACACAUUUUUAAUGCGUAUACACCACAACACCAUCAACAAAAUACUACAUUACAAUUAGCAACAUGCUAAAGCCAAUUCAAAUUUGACUGAAUCUCGGCCAUAGUAUUUUAUUUUUAUACCCCGGGUAAAAUAACAGCUCAAAUCAUUUUGCACAUAAUGGAUGUUGGUCAAACUGAAUGUAUCCUUUGCAUUUCCAUGUAUGUAUGAAUGUGGUGCUUUUUGAGUACUCGUGUGUUUAUCCAGUGUUUGUCUAUGCAUACAUUUCGGUCAGGACUUGUGAGCAUUCGGUCAGUGACGGGACUAUGGAGAGACAAGUGUGCAUGAAUAUGUCUGCACAUCCUCAGGGUUAGAAGUGACUAUGUUUUAAAAUGCAAGGGACUGUGGUGUGGUUAACACAUGCUUUUUGUGUAAUGCAAAUCCACUGUCCAUUUAUAAACACACAAACACUCGCUCACAAGCAAACCACAUCUUAUUUUAGGCCACGUGUAUGAUGGAUAGUCAUCAGAAAAUCUCUGUGGUUUCCACUGACUUUGCUGUGAAGUCAAGGCUGUAAUGAUCAGCCACAUGCUACUCAGAACGAUUCGUGAAGUGGCUUGAAUUAAAAACUAAUUACAAAAGGUAAAAAAUGUAUUGUUUUCUCAUGUUUGUAGAUUCACUUUCAUUAAAAAAAUAAA